AUGAGCGCUGGAACUACCAAUAGCGGAGCUACGGAAUUACCAGAAACAACUCCCGCAUUAAUUGGACAAUUGCUGCAACAUAGAAAAUUUAUUGUUAACGAAAACGCUCAAGUCACUCGGUUUGACAGUGAAAUAAUUUCCCCCAGUUCAACUGUUUUCAUAAGAAAUUGCAAUAACUCGGAAUACAUUCUCGAUGGCGUCUGCACCAAAGUUAUGAUCGAGAACUGCAAUAAUCUUAUCUUGAAGGCUAACAAAAAAAUCAUUACGUCAACAAUUGAAAUAUGGAAAUCACAGAAUAUCACGCUCAAGAUUAAUUCUCAAGUUCAAACACUUCAAUUAGAUGAAUGUCAUAAAGUAAGUGUUGAAUAUGAUUCCGUGGAACAUUUUCAUUCUAUCGUUUGGACCGGGACUAAAGAAUUAGAACUGACGAUCUUAGAAGGUGGAGAAGUAAAACACGAAAUUAAAACAACACAGGAAUCAGAUAACCCAGCUCAAUCUAUCAUUAGAUUGAUUAAUGGAAAAUUCGCUGAUGAACGGUUAAUUCGUGCCGAGAAAGGAUACCCGAUAACCGAGCGGGAAUUGCAAGAAUGGAAGGAAAAAAAUAAUAUUGCUUAG